AUAGCUUUAAAACAACCUCAUACUCAGAGUAAAAGAAAAAUCUAGAAUAUGAAACUGAUUUUUACGCUGAGUUUAAACUCAUGAAAAUGUUAAAAUGAAAAGAGAGAGAGCUUUUAUUUUGACACAUCCCAUUUUCCGGAAGCUUGACAUUUUUGACCCGGAAGUUGUAGUUUUGUUCGUCGGAGGAAGCGGUGUGUGUUCUGCUCAGAGAGAGAACYGAAGCUGGAGGCAGUUUUUAUGCUAAAACUCCACAUUUCGAAGUCGAGCGGGUAUUGACGACUCCAAGAAGUGGGGCAUGAUKUUUCUGAGCAACCAGCUCUUUAAGAUCUACUUUAAGAUUAAUAAGCUGCACUUGUGCAAACCUCUGAUUCGAGCCAUCGACAGUUCCAACCUAAAGAACGACUACAGUCCAGCUCAGAAAGUCACCUAYAAAUACUACGUGGGUCGUAAAGCCAUGUUUGACAGUGACUUUAAAACGGCGGAGGAGUUCUUGUCUUAUGCCUUCCACCACUGUCACCGAKCCAGCCAGAAGAACAAGAGGAUGAUCCUUAUUUAUUUACUACCAGUUAAAAUGCUUCUGGGUCACAUGCCGACUCAGCAGCUCCUCAUGAAGUACGACCUCAUGCAGUUUGCUGAUGUCACCAAAGCUGUGAGUGAGGGGAACCUGCAGCUGCUGAAUGAAGCUCUGUCCAAACAUGAG